AUGCCAUUCAUAAAGGUAUCGUAUUGCGCCUCCGAGUUCCAGCCGCCGGAUGUGGCUAGGGUCCGGAACUCUAUGGCGGAAUUUGACACAAAGCUGCGCCCCGGCGCCUAUUUCUGUGGAAUUUUGGAUCUCAGCCUGAACUUUGCCGCCGACUUUGUUGCCAUCUGGAUUUGCUACUCAGAGAUUCCAUCCAUUCAGGUCCAACCAGUUAAGAGCCUCGGGCGAUGGUACACAGAGGAGCUGAGAGACACCAAGAGGGUUCAAGAGACAGAGGAACAGAUCAGCAGAGGUCUGAUGUCUGUCGACAAGUGUGGAUUGCCUGGCAAGUUGAAGUUGUGGUGCUUGCAGUACGGACAGAUGCCACGGAUAAUGUGGCCAUUAACUGUCUAUGAACUGGCAAUGUCCCAUGUUGAGGCAACGGUACGGAAGAUCAACACUUUGGGGUUUGCAAACUUCCGACUGCUGCAAACGAUGAUUUUUGCCAUUGAAGAAAUAAACCAGAAUAAGAAUCUACUUCCGGGAAUCACACUCGGGUAUGAGAUCCAUGAUGACUGCCCGUCCUCCUCGAUCGCCUCGAAAGCAGCACUCACUUUGAUCAAUGGCAAAGAGGAAUCAUUUGAAUACACUCAAUGUCGGGGAUCUUCCAACGUCGCUGCCAUAGUUGGCUGCGGUCCAACUACAAAUUCCAUCGUAACAGCAAGGACGACUGGAUUGUUCGGGGUUCCGCUGGUUAGUUAUUUCUCCACCUGCUCCUGUCUCAGCGAUAAGACAGAAUACCCGACGUUUUUUCGAACUAUUCCCAGCGACCAGUACCAGUCCCAAAUUCUCGCUGAGCUGGUGAGAACAUUCGGCUGGACUUGGAUUGGCACCAUUAGAAGUAACACCGAAUAUGGCAUUUUCGGAAUGCAAGGAUUUGUCAAACAUGUGGAAACGUUUGGGGUUUGCAUUGCCUACUCUGAGUCAUUUUACAGGACCGACCCUCCAGAGAAGAUCAGCAAAAUCGUCCGGGUGAUAAAAGAUGCGUCCACUAAAGUGGUGGUGGCCUUUGCCCACGGUGCUGAUAUGCGAAUCUUAUUGAACGAAAUUGUGCGUCAGAAUGUAACAGGUAUACAAUGGAUUGGAAGUGAGUCGUGGGUGACAGAAAAUAUUUUAUCGCCUGAAGAAAGAGUAGUUUAUCUCACAGGGACAAUCGGCCCGUCUACUCAAAGGACAGAGAUAGACGAUCUGAGAUAUUAUCUUCAUAACGUUCAUCCUUCUAACUUUCCUGGCAAUAUUUUGGUGGAGGAGUUUUGGGAAACUUUAUUCGCCUGCUCUUUUACUACAGGGAAUACGACAAACCCAAUGAAUUCCAUGGGUCAAGUGCAGUUGCUCCACUACCUUCAAAGAGUGAAUUUCAAAGCAAAGACGGGAGAAACCGUGUAUUUUGAUGAAAAUGGUGACCCGGUGCCAAGAUACGAAUUGGUGAACUUACAGAAGAAUAUUAAGGGUACAGUUGAUAUUGUAAACAUUGGGUACUACGAUGGAUCUGCUCCACCAGGGCGCGAACUAAAGAUGCAUAUCCAUGACAUCGUCUGGAGCACGACUGGAAAGAGGGUGAGGGCAGCCACUACAGAAGGUGUUGCAAAAAUGGUUUCGGGGUUGGAAAGAUCCACCUCGGAAAUGUAUUGGCGGGAGAUAGCAUCGGGCUUCCCGUUCUUGGAUCCCGGACGACAGUACCGCUCCCACCCCAGAGUCAGAGGCGUCAACCUUCACAAUGAACUGACAGGAGGGGUCCGGUUGAAUCAGAACAGGGCAGACGUGAAAGACCACUUCAGUUCGGCGAAUGCUGAGUCCGCCUCGGAGUUCCAAAGGAAAGGUGUGGCAGGUGAGGAACUUUUGUAUCAAAAUAUUGUUUUUCCAGAUUCAAUGGAUUGCACCAAGUGCCCCUCGGAAUACUGGUCCAAUCAGCCAAAAUCCCAGUGUGUUCUCAAGAAGGUUGAGUUUCUUUCCUUUCAAGAAGCUCUAGGACUUGUAUUCGUGACGCUUGCUCUCGUGGGAGUAUGUUUUACAUCCGUCACCGCCGUGAUAUUCUACCGGUAUCGAGAAACUCCCAUGGUCAAAGCGAACAACUCCGAGCUCAGCUUUCUACUCCUCUUCGCACUCCUGCUUUGCUUUAUUUGCUCGCUUGCGUUCAUUGGAAAACCUACCGAAUGGUCUUGCAUGCUGCGCCGCACGGCUUUCGGGAUUGUCUUCGUUCUCUGCAUUUCCUGCAUCUUGUGCAAAACCAUCCUUGUCAUUGUCGCAUUUAAAUCAACUAUGCCCAAUAGCAGCGUGAUGAGUUGUUUCGGACCGACACAGCAACGACUGGGCGUCUUCGUCUUUACCUUCUUUCAAGGCCUAGUUUGCAUUUUCUGGCUAAGCGUGUCACCUCCCUACCCACUGAAAAACAUGAACUAUUACAGAGACAUCAUUAUUCUCGAAUGUGACGUUGGUUCAUUGUCUGCAUUUUUCGUAGUCUCGAUCUAUAUUGCUCUGUUAUCUAUUGUCUGUUUGUUGCUUGCAUUCCUUGCCCGAAAACUCCCAGACAAUUUUAACGACGCUAAAUACAUAACCUUCAGCAUGCUGAUCUUUUGCGCCGUCUGGAUAACCUUUAUUCCAGCUUAUGUGAGCUCGCCCGGAAAGUAUACAGUAGCUGUAGAAGUGUUUGCUAUUUGGGCAUCGAGUUUCGGUCUGCUAGUGUGUAUUUUUGCACCGAAAUGUUACAUUAUCCUACUGAAACCCGAAAUUAAUACUAAAAGGCACAUGAUGGCUAAAGGGACCUCACCGUAA